GGCAACAUUCGAACGACAGUUGAAUAAAACGGUGAAAGAGCGAAAGAGAGCGAAAGAGAGAAGGAAGGGAAGAGACAAUCGAGCGCGUUACGUCGAUACGCGCCGCUUAGCGACCGCGUCGAAGAGUUUGCGUCGGCGGAUCAAAAGCGCGCAACAAAAUGUCGAGAAUCACGCUCGAUUUAUUACGAAAGCGUUCGGAGCACAACGAGGGCGAGAUUUCGACGCUCGAGGAGAUCGCGUUGCAUCAAGAAAACAUCGAGAAGAUCGAACUGAUCGACCGAACGUGCAAACAUUUGAAAAUUCUCUUGCUUCAGAACAAUCUGAUAUCGAAGAUCGAGAAUUUGAGCAAGUUGAAGAGGUUAGAGUACUUGAAUUUAGCGCUGAACAACAUAGAGACGAUCGAAAAUUUGCAAGGGCUCGAGAGCUUGAAAAAGUUGGAUCUAACGGUGAACUUUAUCGGUGAUCUUCGUGGCAUCAAAACGUUAAGGUACAACGAACGCUUGGAGCAGCUGUUCCUCGUGGGAAAUCCGUGCGCGGAUUACGAAGGGUACAGGGAAUACUCUAUCGCGACUCUAACGCGAUUGAAGGAGCUAGAUGGUACGCCAAUCGACAGAUCCGAACGGAUAAGAGCGUUGCAACGUUACGCCGAGACCGAAGGGGAGAUCGUACGAAGUUGCGCGAGAUACAAGAAAAUACGGGAAGCGGAAUUGCUCGAUUAUCGCGAACAAACUGCCAAGUCACGAGCGGAUCGAAAAGUCGUGGACGCGGAGGAACAUCGCCACGAGCAAGAGAAGAAGGAACGAGCGGAUAAAGAAGUAAACGAGGAGGAAGAGGAGGAGCAGGAGGAGGAGGAGGAGGACGACGAGGAAGAGGACGAAUCGUUUUGGAAUCGAACCAGUCGUCACACGCCGGAGGAACGCGUCGCCAUUGCGGAACGGUUUAUGCGAAAAGAGAAGCGAAGAAACCGGCAGAAAGAUCGGAACGUCGAACCGCGAACUACCUACAGGUUGAAGCUGUUCGAUCCACAGGGUAAACCGUACAACAUGAAUCAGCCGAAAGUGCCGUUUAAAUUGAACGAGGAGCAGUACAGCGACCGCGUCGUCUUGGAGGUGGCUCUGUACAAAUAUUUAGACACUUGCCACGUUGACGUGGACGUGCAUCCUGAGUACGUGCGCGUCACGAUCAAGGGAAAGGUACUGCAGCUGACCCUGCCGUGCGAAGUAUCGGUGAAGGAUAGCACGGCUCGAAGAAACACGACGAACGGCAGAUUAGUGGUAACGAUGCCGCGUUUGAAUCCGUUACCUACGAUUCUUCCUUUGUAUAAGCAGGCGAUCGAAGAAGAACCCGACCGACGUAGAACGACGAUCGAACGGCGAUCGACGACAAGCGUACGCGAGUACUUGGAGAUAGGUCCGUCGCGAGCGAGCGACUUGGACUUUUCGAGAAUCGUCGCUGAACCGUUGGUCGACGGGCAAAAGGAAAAUCGUUGGAAGCCGAAAGACGAAAAAGUUUGCAGCGACGACGACUCGGAAGUACCGCCGCUCGAAUGAAAGCCAGUUCUCGCGUUAGGCGGC